AUGGGACGUUCAUCCAAGAGCCGCUCGGGUGGUUUAAGCACAAGGUCCUCCUCCUUCCUUAAACCAAACCCCUCCAGUGGAGUGAGCAGAGGAAACAGCACGAGUGCUCAAAGCUAUUCGGGAGGUGCCCUGCAACCCCAGCAGAAGUCCGGUGGGUUCUUGUCCAACAUGAUGGGAACUGUGGCUAGCGGAAUGGCCUCAGGGGUCGGAUUUGGAGUAGCUCAGAGAGCCGUCGAUGCCAUUUUGGGCCCAAGGCACGUCGAAGUUUCGCACCCAAAUAACAAUGCGAACAUGAACCAGGCGGCAGCUGUGAGCAGCGAGAGGAACAGCGACUACAGGUGCAAGCCCCUGCAGGAUGAACUCAACCAGUGCCUGACGAGACACUCCGAUAUCAGUCUCUGCCAGAACUACGCCGACUCACUGAAGUCAUGUCAACAGUCCAUGUGA